UUGCCUGACCUAGGUCUGUUUUCUUAACCCCCAACAUUAGGCAUGUUUGUCUUCUUAGGGAGUGUGUCCUAAAUCCCAGGCCUAGAAAUCAAAGUCGCCUUCACUGACAGCAGGAGCGGCAGGAGGACACCGGGACACUCCGUGGCUGGAAAUGGAGUCAGUGAGCUUUGAGGAUGUGGCUGUGAAGUUCACCAAGGAGGAGUGGGCUCUGCUGGAUCCAUCCCAGAAGAAGCUGUACAAAGAUGUGAUGCAGGAAACCUUGAGGAACCUGACUGUUAUAGGGAACAAGUUGGAAAACCAGAAGGUUGUAAAUGAGUAUGAAAAUCUCUCCAGAAAAUUAAGCAGCCAACUGGUAGAGAAAUUCUGUGAAUAUAAAGAAAGUCUUCAGAGUACAGAACUCUUCGGCUGUAUUCCAGAGCCUCCUGUGAACCUGAAAUCUUCUCCAGGACUUUCCACAUGUGAGAAGCAUGUGUGUGGAGAAGGAAGCAUUGGGCAUUCAUCUCUAGGUGCACCCCUGAACCAUCAGGUAGGACAUAAACCUCAUGAAGACCAGGAAUAUGGACGGAAGUUGUAUAAACAUAAGGAGUUUGGGGGCAGCUCCAGUUCUCCUCUGUCCUUUCGGACACACAAAAGUGCUCACACUGGAGAGAAACCUUCUAAAAAUAAGGACUGCAAAGAAGACCUUCUUUGUCUCCAAUCCGGCCAAAGGAAUGAAGAACAUGACCAUGCAAAAAAAUCCUUCGUUUGCAAGCAAUGUGGGAAAGGCUUCACUCACCCCAGUCCUUUACAACGGCAUGAAAAGAGUCACAGUGUUAAGAAGCCCUAUGUGUGUGAACUGUGUGGGAAAGGCUUUGCUCGGUUUGGUAACCUUUUAAGACAUCAGACAACUGACACACGCGAGAAUCCUUUUCUGCCUAAUCAUAAUGGGAGAACUUUUCCUCGUUCUGCUUGUCUUCGAAGACGUAUGGGAAUUCACAGUGUUAAGAAGCCCUAUGUGUGUGAGCAGUGUGGGAAAACUUUCCUUGAUUCCACUUACUUUCGAAUACAUAGAAGGAUUCACACUGGUGUGAAACCAUAUGUGUGUAAGCAAUGUGGGAAAGCCUUCACUGCUUCUCGUUACCUUAAAUCACAUGAACUAACUCACACUCGGGAAAAAUCGUACGUAUGUAAGCAGUGUGGGAAUUCCUUCACGUUUUGGUAUCAGUUUCAAAAGCAUAAAGUAAUUCACAGUGGUGUGAAUCCCUAUGUUUGUAAACAAUGUGGGAAAGGCUUUACUUAUUCCAGUUCCCUAAAAACACAUGAAAGAAUUCAUACUGGUCAGAAGCCCUAUGUGUGUAAGCACUGUGGGAAAACCUUUGGUAGUUCUGGUAACCUUAAAAGACAUGGAAGUACUCACACUGGAGAGAGACUCUAUGUGUGCAAGCAAUGUGGGAAAUCUUUCAAUAAUCACAGUUCCUUUCAAUUCCAUAAAAGAAUGCAUGCUGGAGAGAACCCCUACAAGUGUAAGCAGUGUGGGAAGGAUUUAGCUUCUUCUUCCUCCCUUCAGAGCCAUGAAAGGAAUCAUUCUGGAGAGAAGCCCUAUGUGUGUUUGCAAUGUGGGAAAGCCUUCAGUUCUGACAGUUCUCUUCGAAAACAUAAAAUAAUGCACAGUGAAGAAAAACCCUAUGUAUGCAAGCAAUGUGGGAAAGCUUUUCGUCGCUUUUUUGAGGUUCGAGUACAUGAACGAAUCCACAGCAGCGAGAGACCCUAUCAAUGUAAGACAUGUGGGAGAGGCUUUUCGAGUUCAACUCAUUUGCGAAGACAUGCACCAAUUCAUAGUAAAGCAAAUAAGGAUGUUUGUAAGUAACGUGAGAAAGUCUUGUCUUAGGUAGCUCUCACAGAGAUCAAACAACAUGGGAAGCUGUCAAACAAAUUUCUAGAGAAGCAGUUCUUUUGAGUCAAUGUGGCUUUUAAUACUAGAAGUUCCCUCCAACAACAUGGAAGUAAACACACGGAGAAAAGCACUUCGAGAA